AUGGUACUAAGGACUACUAGCGACAAUAUAGAAGAAGAGGAGGAAAAGGUUGAAGACGAGGAAGACAUACCUUGGCGUAAAGGGAUAAUUGUUAAGUUGCUUGGAAGAAAUUUUGGCUACAAGGCUUUGGAGACAAGAUUAAAGCAAAUGUGGAUCAAAAAAGGGGUGAUCAAUAUUGUCGAUCUGAGAAACGAUUACUUUCUCGUUAUUUUCUUGCAUGAUGAAUAUCAUAGCACAACUCUUGCUAAUGGUCCAUGGUUUAUCUGUGACCACUACCUCACAGUGAAAGGUUGGAGUCCUGACUUUCAUCCAGUAAGUGACACCAUAGAAAAUGUAACGGUCUGGGUGAGAAUCUUUGGACUUCUAAUUGAGUACUAUGACAUGAAGGUACUAUCCUUUAUUGGGAACAUAAUAGGAAAGACGGCCAAGGUGGAUAAGAAUAUUUUAACACAUGAACGGGGGAAGUAUGUAUGGUUAUGCGUUGAAGUUAACUUGUCUAAGCCACUGCUUGCAAUUUUGACAAUAAAGGAAAGGAGAUAUAAGAUAGAAUAUGAAUGGAUUCAUCUUCUUUACACCAUGUAUGGAACAUUAGGCCACUACAAGGAGGGAUGCUCAAAGAGGAAUAUGGAAAAGAUAGACCCUAAACUAAAUGAAGCAAGUAAGGCACAAGGCAUGGAAGGACAAUCAAACAAGAUACAGACUGGAGAUGAUGGACCUUGGUCGGUUGUGCAUAAAUCCAAAAGACCAAGGAAGGUAGGAGGAAGCGCAGGAAACAGCAGAAAAACACAGGUGGUCGGAGAUAGUGGCGAAAAUAGGAAUGGAAAGACACCGGUGAAAGUCAAUGCAUGA